AUGCAAGGGUUUCGCUACCGCCCAGAACUUGUGAAAGAUCUUCCCGAAGAGUUCACUAAAGAGCUCAAGCAAUAUGAAGAUUGGUUCAUGCUCGAUGCGCCCAAGUUGAAGAUGAUCACAGAUCAUUUUGCCCAGGAGCUGGAGAAAGGUCUGAGCGUGGAGGGUGGGUCUAUUCCUAUGAAUAUCACGUGGAUCAUGAGAUACCCAACGGGCCAGGAGAAGGGACGCAUUCUCACCGUUGACCUGGGAGGAACCAAUAUCCGUAUAUGCGAUAUCUGUUUUUCCACGGGGAAGAGAGACUUCGAGCAACGUCAGAGGAAAUACAAGCUUCCGGAUGAAGUCAAAAAGACCACGAAAGAAGCCCUGUGGGGUUUUAUUGCGGAGCGAAUCCAACUUUUUCUCGACGAAAGUCGCUGUGAAAUUGAGAGUGCUAGCAGUGCUCCCAGUGCUCCCAGUGCUGCCCGUGCUGCCAGUGCUGCCAGUGCUUCAAGCCCACUAUCGAUGGCGUUCACAUUCUCAUUUCCAGUGGAGCAAAAGUCCAUCCGCAGUGGUAUUCUGCAGCGCUGGACCAAAGACUUUGAUAUUCCCGGAGUGGUAGGGCACGAUGUAGUACCGCAGCUGGAAGAAGAACUUGCAAAGAGGAACGUCCCAGUGAAAGUGGUUGCCCUGGUCAACGACACAGUGGGGACCCUUAUCGCAUCAUCUUACCGGGAUCCGCAGAUAAAAAUGGGCAGCACUUUCAGUACUGGCUGCAAUGCAGCGUACAUGGAAGAAUGCCGGUUGAUCCCCAAGUUUCAUGAUUCAGGACUACCCGAAGAUGCAACUGUAAUCAUCAACACCGAGUACGGCUCCUUUGAUAACGAGCGCAAGGUGCUACCCUUGACUCCAUUUGACCGCCAAAUCGACGAUGAGUCUGCCCAUCCAGGCAGGCAGAUCUAUGAGAAGAUGGUGGCUGGGUUGUACAUCGGAGAGAUGCUGCGCCUGGUAAUGCUGAAAAUGCACGACAAAGGUAUACUCUUCAAGGGCCAAAAUGUCUCACGUCUUCAGACUGCGAACUCAUUGGAGACAUCGUUUCUGUCAACUGUCGAGAAGGACAUGUCGGAAAGUCUGACCGAUAUGAAAGAGGAGUUCAGAAAGUGCCUCAAUUUAGAACUCUCAUUGGAUGAGCUGAAGGCGUGCCGUUGGCUUGUCGGCCUGGUCGCGACGCGUUCAGCGCGUCUAUACGCGUGUGGGAUUGCGGCCAUCUGCAAGAAGAAAGGAAUCCGUCAGUGCCACGUUGGCGUUGAUGGUGCGGUGUUCAAUAAAUAUAGUAUGUUGAAGGGACGGGCAAGCCAGGGUCUUCGUGAUAUUUUCGACUGGGAGCCAGACAGAUUGGACCUGAUUUCUCUGAACCCGGCCGAGUAUGGGUCUGGAAUAGGAGCAGCUCUGGUUGCAAGUUUGGCUGUUGACCCGGGUGAACUAGAAGAGUGUGGCACAGAGGAAUAUUUGUAA